CGGUUAAUGGAGGGUGGUGUUGCAAAACGUUUCAGGGAGAAGCUGAGGAGGAGGAAGACGGCGCCAUGGCUGCCCCUUGUUACUUGGGGUGGGAUUUCAGCACCCAGAAGAAGCACCUUGUACAUUAUGUGGGAUCCCUACCAUUGAAGCUGAAAGUAAUUGCUGUAGAUGAAAAAUUGAGAGUCAUCCAUGAGGACAAUGUUAAUUUUGACAAGGAUCUUCCAGAAUUUGGCACUCAAGGUGGAGUCUCUGUUCACAAGGACAGACUAACAGUAACUUCUCCUGUAUUGAUGUGGGUGAAGGCCCUAGAUCUGAUCUUGGAAAAAAUGAAGUCUUCUGGAUUUAACUUUUCCAGAGUGAAAGCUUUAUCUGGAGCUGGACAGCAACAUGGGAGUGUCUAUUGGAAACAGGGUGCAAACUCUGUUUUACAAAACCUAUCACCUGAUCUUCCUUUACAUCAGUCAUUGCAGUCUUGCUUCUCUGUGAACAACAGUCCUAUUUGGAUGGAUUCUAGUACAACUGCCGAGUGUUCCUCUCUAGAAAAAGCUGUUGGAGGGGCUCAGAGACUGGCUGACAUCACUGGCUCACGGGCCUAUGAGCGUUUUACAGGAAACCAGAUAGCAAAGAUUUACAGCCUGAACCCUGAAGCCUACUCACAAACUGAGAGGAUCUCUUUGGUCAGCAGCUUUGCAGCCUCCCUUUUCCUUGGUGCGUAUGCUCCCAUCGAUUACAGUGAUGGUUCUGGCAUGAAUUUAUUAGAGAUCUAUGAGAAAGCAUGGAGUCCAGCCUGUCUUGAUGCUUGCGCACCUGGAUUAGGAAAAAAAUUGGGCCAUCCUGUACCAUCUCAUGAAAUACUAGGUUCCAUUUCACCAUAUUACAUUCAGCGUUUUGGGUUUAAUCCCAAUUGUAAAGUUGUAGCAUUUACUGGAGACAAUCCAGCCAUUUUAGUGAUGGUGGCUUAUAUCAGUCUUGGCACUAGUGAUACAUUGUUUCUCUGGAUUAAGCAGCCAAAGCCUGCUUUAGAAGGUCACAUCUUUUGCAGUCCUAUUGAUACAGAAGCCUACAUGGCCCUGCUGUGUUAUAAGAAUGGUUCUAUGAUGAGAGAGAAGAUACGAGAUGAGAUUGCUUCUGGCUCAUGGGAAGAAUUCUCCAAAGCAUUAGUAUCUACCACUGUUGGAAAUGAAGGAAAUGUGGGUUUUUAUUUUGAUGUCUUGGAGAUUAUACCCAAUGCUGAGGGAAUUCACAGAUUCAACAAGCACAACGAAAGAGUGACAACAUUUCCUAAAGAAGUGGAGAUACGUGCCUUGAUUGAAGGACAGUUCAUGGCCAAAUGGAUACACGCUGAAAAGCUGGGAUACAAAAUCUUGCCCACAACAAGAAUCUUGGCAACUGGUGGGGCAUCUCACAAUAAAGCAAUCUUACAAGUCUUGUCUGAUGUUUUCAGUGCUCCGGUCUACACUAUUGACACUGCUAAUUCAGCCUGUUUAGGAUCUGCUUACAGAGCAAUCCAUGGACUCGUCGCAGAGACAAGCGUGUCCUUGACUGAUGUCGUGAAAUUAGCACCAGGGCCCAAAUUAGUUGCUACUCCCACAGCUGGCGUGGCUCAGGUCUACCAAUCUUUGCUUAAAAGAUAUAUGGACCUUGAGGAGCAAGUGCUGAAGAGGUCAAAGUAACAUCACAGAAGAGAGCCAAGAAUCAAGCCAUCACCUUAAAUGAAAAGGAAACUAGAGAUCAGAAGAAACUGUGUUUGUAAUUGUGUAAAGCAUUCCUUCAUUCUGUACUUGAAAGAGUGAAAUAGUGAUUUGAUAUUAUCUAAAAAAUGGGCAACAAAUGCUGGUAACAUUUGAUCUCCUUGUCACUGCCUGUCAUGACUGGUGCUGAAAAGUCCUUACAUCAUUUUACCCUUCCAUGCCACCUCUUUCAUCCUAACAGCUAAAUGCUGGACAGUAGAAAAAGCCUCCCAAUGCAUUCAGCUUGGUGUACUUGCUGGAAGUUGUAUAGCAAUCCACUCCAAACUGAAUCAGUUUCUUCCUGCAUCCUGUCAGAGGCUGGAUUUUGUUUUAGUUCCAGGCAACAAAAACAGAUCUAUUGAGGUUUUCCACAGGCUGUGAUACACAGUGAGUAGCAGACUAUGCAAGCAUGGAAUCCAGUGUCUUGAUAAAAGUAAAACCUAGGGUCCAGUAGGCAGGAGGGAAAUGGGAGAAAUGCACAUAUCACCUCUCCCAGUCCCUCUAUUCUCCCUGUUGCUUUCCCAGGAGGGAUAAUCUUUUUAAAAGCUGUUAGACUCAAUCAGGGAUGUCAUGGGCCUGAAUCUACAGGAACCUAAGUGGAGGAUGGAGGUCUUGGAGAUGUUUCAUUUACAGGGUCUCCAUGAGUCAGGGUUGACUUGACGGCAGUUAAAAACCACGAAUAACAAUGGUUGCUCUACAGUGUUGGGAGCCUUCCCCUCUAAACACACAAGCACACGCAAGACUCUCACCUCAGCAAUCUCCUAGCUACUAAAAUAGGAGGAGGGGGAACCAGCAGUGACAAAAUCCUUCUCUUUGGGUGCAAGGAUCACUGCCAUGUUCCUUUUUUUCUCCUCUUCAUCCUCCUAUAGGAAGAGGCAGGGGAGCAUGAGACAAGCAGCUUCUGGCACUUCAUAUUGGUGAUGGCCCAGAAGCCUGGCCCUCCCCAGUCCAUACUGUCUAUUUAGCUGUCCUUGGGAUUCACACUAUACUUCGGAGUUUGUAGGUUUGGCUAAAUCCUCCUACAUGCAGUGCCAAGUGAAGACUGAAAGCCUACCUAUACUGUAAAAUUAUAUUGGCUUUAUAUCAGUUAAUAGUCAUGUUUUCCCCACAGAGAAUCCUGGGAAUGGUAGUUUGGUACAAUUUGCGUAAAAUGCAUAAAGGUAUCUAGCACACACCUUUUCACUGAACUACAGUCUCAUGGGGAAAAGGCAUUGCUAUUUAAUCUAUGCAAGUCUGCAUUGUAGAUUAACCAGUGAAGGAUUGAGCAGAUCUUUUAUGGUUUAUAGUAGUAGGUUGUUACAUCCUGUGCAGUUUUAUGUGGCACUUUUAUUCUAUAGCCUUUUUUUAUGUUUUGUCUUCUAUGAGAAAUUUUUUAAAAAGAAGCUACUUAAAUACGUAGAAAGCUGGAAUUGUGGAUGAAAAAUUAAUAAAUAAAAUUGAUGUGUAUUGUC